AUGGACGCUGAAAAGUUUACAUCUCAGAGCAAAAACUUCCCCAAGAAGAAGUGCGGUGUGCUCGGCGCGACUGGCUCCGUCGGCCAGCGCUUCAUCCUUCUUCUUGCGCUACACCCACACUUCGAGCUCCACGCCGUUGGAGCCUCUGAGCGAUCAGCCGGCAAGAAAUACAAAGAUGCGGUCAAGUGGAAGCAGGCGCUGCCUUUCUCGGAGCGCAUUGGAGAGCUGGUGGUGAAGAAGUGCACACCUGAAGAGUUCAAGGACUGUGACAUGGUCUUCUCUGGUCUUGACAGCGAUGUUGCUGGAGACGUUGAGAUGGCCUUCCUCAAGUCCGAACUCGCCGUCUUCUCCAACGCAAAGAACUACCGCCGCGACCCUCUCGUGCCGCUCGUCGUACCCACCGUAAACCUCCCCCAUCUCGACGUCAUCAAGCACCAACGGCAACACCACAAGCUAGAGAAGGGCUUCCUCGUCUGCAACUCCAACUGCGCAGUCAUCGGUCUCGUCAUACCUUUCGCAGCGCUCCAAGCCAAGUUUGGUCCCAUAGACCAGGUCUCGGUCGUCACAAUGCAGGCCGUUUCCGGCGCUGGCUACCCCGGUGUAAGCAGCAUGGACAUCAUCGACAACGUCGUGCCUUUCAUAUCAGGCGAGGAAGACAAGCUCGAGACAGAAGCAUCAAAGAUCUUGGGGAGCGUCAACGACGACAUCACAGGAUUCGUAGAUCAGCCCAUGAAGGUGUCCGCAGCAUGCAACCGGGUGCCGGUACUAGACGGCCACACUGCGUGUGUAUCGCUACGCUUCCAACGCCGUCCACCACCGAGCGCAGAAGAGGUCAAGCAGGCAAUGCGCGAAUACGUGUCUGAUGCACAGAAGCUGGGUUGCCCGUCUGCGCCCGCGAAGGCGAUUGUGGUUAUGGAGGAGGCCGAUAGACCACAACCAAGGCUGGACAGGGAGACGGAUAGGGGAUACGCGGUUAGCGUGGGUAGGAUAAGAGAGGAUGAGGCAGGCAUCUUCGACCUCAAGUUCGUUGCAUUGAGCCACAACACUGUCAUUGGAGCGGCGGGGUCGUCGAUAUUGAACGCAGAGGCGGCGGUGCUGAAGGGGUAUGCUUAG